ACCCGCAGACAGCCCAGUGUCCUGUCCCACGGAGAAAAACCUCACGGCUUUCGGGAAAGAGAGCGAGAAAAGAAAGGAAAGAGAAAGGAAGAAGCAACUUUGUUUUCUUCCUCUCCGGUGGUUUUAUCCGGUGCUUCCAAGAGAAGAAGAACAAACUUUCCCCAUGUCUUAAAAAACUAUCGUGACUUCUUCUUCUUUUUUUUUUUUUACCCCCUUGUUUGAGUCUGGAACUCGACAUUUACGAGUCGUAUCCGUGCUUUUAAUUUGUAAACGGACGACGGUUGAGCGGCGGUUUUUUACGGUUAUUCUCGGUGUGUGUGUGUGUGUGUGUGUGUGUGUGUGUGUGUUUUCCGAAGUGGCAUCAGAGCUGAAUGAAGUCGAGCUGAACGAGUCCGCGCGGCUCCAUGAGGAAACUCGGCGUGGGAGUCGCUGAAACUUUGUCCUAGGCUCCACACACACACCUGAGCGGCGUUUUAUAUUUAUAUAUAUAUAUAUACACAUAUAUUUCUAUAUUUUAUACUUUUUGUGUUGCGCCGGUACCAUGAAGACGCUGUCGGUGCUGUGUGUCUGCACGCUGGUCGUGUUGUCCGGGUCGAUGACUGCGGAGCAAAAGUUGAAAAACUGCAACGACGUGCGCGCGGCGUACAGCUCCAAAGGCUUCAACGUCAACGACGUCCCCAACAAAGGAGUCAACGGCGCCCCGUUGAAAGUGUGUCCGCAGGGUUUCUCCUGCUGCACGCUGGAGAUGGAGGAGAAGCUGAGCCAGCAGAGCCACACGGAGAUCAAAGCGCCCGUCUCCCAGCUUAGCACCAACCUACAAUCCACCUUCAGACAGCGGCACGACCACUUUGACAGCUUUUUCCGCGAGCUUUUGAAAAACGCCGAGGUCUCGCUGCACAACAUGUUCGUGCGGACCUACGGCAUGAUGUACGUGCAGAACGCCGAGCUCUUCAAGAACUUCUUCGAGGCGCUGACGCAGUACUACGAGUCGGGCGGCGCCACCGUCAACCUGGACUCCAUGCUGUCGGACUUCUGGGCGGACCUCCUGGAGCGCAUGUUCCGGCUGGUCAACGGCCAGUACGAGUUCGGCGACGCCUACAUGGAGUGCGUCAGCCGGCACACGGAGCAGCUGCAGCCGUUCGGCGACGUGCCGCGCAAGCUCCGCAUCCAGCUGAUGCGGGCCUUCGUGGCCGCGCGGACGUUCGUGCGCGGCCUCGCGCUCAUGCCCGAGGUGGUCAGCCGAGUGUCCACGGUCACUGUGUCUCCCAGCUGCGUGCGAGCGGCCAUGAAGAUGCUGUACUGUCCCUACUGCUCGGGCCAAGUGGCGCUGAAGCCGUGCCAGAACUACUGUCUGAACGUGCUGCGGGGGUGUCUGGCCAACCAGGCCGACCUGGACGCCGAGUGGAACAACUUCCUCGACGCCAUGCUCAGUCUGGCGGAUCGGCUCGAGGGUCCCUUUAACUUCGAGUCCGUCAUGGACCCCAUCGACGUGAAGAUUUCGGAGGCCAUCAUGAACAUGCAGGAGAACAGCAUGCAGUUGUCGCAUAAGGUGUUCCAAGGAUGCGGGCAGCCCAAGCCGAGCGUGGCCCUCCGGUCCAAACGCUCCAUCAAAGACACGAGCUUCAACGGACGCUUCCGGCCCUACAGCCCCGACGCCAGACCCACGACCGCCGCCGGGACCAGUUUAGACCGAUUGACGAUCGACGUGAAGAAGAAGCUGAAACAUGCAAAGAAGUUCUGGUCCACGUUGCCGGAGACCGUUUGUGCAGGCGAGAGGAUCGCACCCGGGGACGACUGCUGGAACGGAACGGCAAAGAGCAGCUACGAGUCCGUCGUCAUUGGCAACGGCCUGGCCAACCAGGUGUCGAACCCCGACGUGGACGUGGACAUCACGAAGCCGGACACGGUGAUUCGCAGUCAGAUUGCAGUUUUAAAGGAAAUGACGAGUUGGCUCAAAGCGGCGCACAGCGGCAACGACAUCUCCGUCGACAACGAUGAGGACAGCAGCGGCGGCGGCGGCGAGGAGAGCGGAAGCGGCUGCGACUCCCCGUCCUGCGACACGGACCAGGACAUCUACUUCUCCACGCCGCCCAACCCCGGCAAGCCCGCCGACGAGCAGCGGGUGAAGAGCAGGGGCCCGUCGGCCGGGGGCCCCGCCGCCGCCACGGGAAGCACGGCGCUGGCGCUCUGCGGGCUCGCCCUGGCGCUGCUCGCCCCCCACCUGAGAUAAAACUGGACCGGGCGAGAAGUGGAAGAGAACGACCGGGAAUGACGUAGGCGAAGGAGAAGAACUGUCAGAGACUUUUUGUUUUAAAAAGACCGCCUUCAGGACCUUGGACCGUCCGCCAUUUGGGGGGGGGAGGGGAGGGGGGGGGAGGAGAAGACUCUUCUUAAUAUUACAAUAACUUCACUUUUAAUUAUUUGUAUGCUUUUAAGGACAUCAGUGUACAGCAAUACUAUUGUCUUGCCCUUCCCCCCGCCCUCCCACCCCUCCCAUGAGAUGAACCGUUCCUCCUUAUGGCUCUUUUGGAGCCGCGCGAUGCUUCUGCAAUACAAACGUCAUACAAAUCGUCUCAUUUUGGGCAGUUUAAUCUCAUAAUUAAUAUUUUUUUGCGCCUUCUUCGGCGAUCGCCAUCUGACAUCUGAAUAGUUACCCAGAUGUCCGAGUAGCUACCCAGAUGUUUUGGUGGAACGGUGAGCGCCUGCGGUGGGUCGCGUCCCUCUGAGGAUGUUCUUCCUUUCCGUCGCUCAGAGAUUGUUGCGGAUGUCGUCGGGCGUUCGAAUGCGACGGCUGAACGUUUACGGCCGCCAGAUUAGGGAGCGAGCGGUUUCUAUCGACUCGAAAAACAUCUUUCUCUUGGAAAUCCAGCGAGAGAAGCUGCAGCGGAGGUGUUUACGUCCGAGCCGGAGAUGGAAUCGUCCUUUAGAAGAAGAGCCUUUGAGAGCCCACGCCGUGCGUGUGUGCCGUACGUCUGCUGCGAGCAUCAUCACAACCUCAUUUUUUUUAUGUUGCUUUUAUUUUCCCCGUUUCCUUCAUUUUUCUAAUGUCACGUCCUCAGCUCAAGCGGUUCAGUGGUAAAGGUCGGACCUCGCGGCGCGCUCUCGGCUCGAUGCAAUCUGGUGACGAUGCGAUGCUGGCGUCCUGCGACAGGUAGCCGGCGUGGCGGGGGAGGGGCUCCCCCUGGCAUUAACCCUAAAGAAGGCAGCGCCGACGAGUCCCGAAUGCCCCUUUUUUUCUUUCUUUUUUUUUCUUUUCGAGUUGGUACCGUGAGCUCGGCUCGGCACAGAGGAUCCGACUCGGCACGGACUCGUUGGAAAAGAGGAGCGCGUGAACGUGUUGCCGUAAAGCGAGAGGAACAAAAGACAGCGAUCAAAUGAAAACAAGACAAAAAGAUUAUUUUAAUACAGGGUUUUGUGUCGGAAGAGGUGUUGUAAUGUUUAGCUAUUUUUUUGGUAUUAAGAUAUAUAUUAGGUACUACAGUGGAUUUUACUGCUAGUUUAGGUGGUGAAAGAGGACAAUGUGCGCAGAUAUCGGGGGCUUUAUUUGAUCAGUGCACAGUUUUUAUUUAAUUUUUUUGAUGCUCCCAUUUCCCCCCCCCCCCCCCCCCGCCCACAUCCCAUAAUACACACUUGUGCCUCAUGUAAAUGGCCUCCGGACCAUUUGAUCUACCUACCCUGAUUCUUACGUUCUCAUCAUUUCAACUUUGAGGUGGAAUGUUGAACUUUUGUGCUUCACCAAAAUGAAUUCAAAGUAACGGCGCCUGAAUUUUAUUUCUUUUGUCUUUUUUUGUGAUACCUCGGUACAUUAUUAGCAACUUCUUGAGGUUAAAAAAAAAGAAAGAAUGUCGAUGUUGAUGAUUUGUAUCCAUUACGUGCUCUGAUCCCCCCGUAGGGUGUGUGUGAGUAUAUCGUUACCAGCUGACAAGCACAACAUAAGGUUUUCUAUAUCUUCUAAUGUCAUGUAAGUUGCAUUAGCUCCAUUUCAUCUCUAAAACGACGCUGUAGCGUGUGUACAGUAACUUAUGCAUGUCCUCUAACGUCCUUCUAGAACCAACAUAGACGGUCCAAGAUACAGUAUUCAAAAAUGUUUCCAUAUGCAAAAAACGUGGGUGAAAGAGAGUAAUUGAUUGAUUUGAUUUUGGGGGGGGAGGCUUCGAAAAUGCAUUUUGUGAAAAUUGGAACGGUUGAGCGUGUCUCGCGUGUCGCGUGCCGACCGCAGUUCGAGACGGACGGUAACUCCUGGACACGACUUCUGUGCCUCUUGUUUCGCCUUUUUGAAAUUGACAGGUUGAUUGUAAGCUUCCAUGAAAAAUGUACGACAAAAAAAAAAGUGACGUGACCAACCGACGGGGCUUCCAAAUCGACGAGGACGCCGAUGUUAAGAAUCCGACCGAGCGACCCCCACGUAGACGCGCGUCGCCGCCGUCGUUUCCACCGACUGUCUGAGAGCGAAUGGGCGGCGUCCAUUCGAUCCACACUUAGCGGCGUGUAAAGUUUGAGUUGGACGGGUGUUGAAAAACCUUCCAUCCGCCCACAAGAAGAGAAGAAAAGGACUCGCUUCCUGAGGAGAGAGACUGAGGAGAAUGAAAAGAAUAAAGUGUAAAUAAAGAGCAGCCGCUUUUAGAUGUCUCUAAAAGAGGCCAUAACAGGACAUCAGAUUUUUACUUGUCAGAGUAUCUCCGAAAAAAUGUUCUGGAAAAAAAAAAACCCAAGAUGAAAUAGAUGUUAAAUUGUAAGAGAAAAUGUAUAUUAAACAACAUUUCUUAGUCUUGUUGAAAUAAAGACUGCCAAUAUUUAAACAGUU